UCCCGUGCCAACAACGUUAGAAACAGACAUCACAACAGGACAGAGAAAGCAGCCAUGUAGGCUUAUAGUAGAGCGAGGGACAAGACAAACACAAUGUUCUAUACUCUGGAAACUGUUCUGAUUCCUGAUCUCUAUCAAAUAAAAAAGGAAUUUGAUCUCAUUGAUAUUACAGAAUGGUAUACUCGACUUCUAUUAGAACAUGUAACAAAACCUCGUCAUCUAUGUGGACUUCCCCUAUCACUGUUUGUGUUAAAAGAUAUGUAUGGUAUGAAGAAACGGCUGAGAGAAUCACGAAUUCCUGAGAUUAUAGAUAUCAUUUCCUGUUUAUGUGACGUAGCUUGCUUUGUUCAUCUAAAUAUUGAAAUGGAAGGUGUACAGUUGUGUAAACCUCAACAACAGAAAAAAUCGUCGUUUGAAGGAACAUUUCUUCAUGGUCAGAACAAGAAUAAAUCGAACCUACUGAAAUUGAUGAACAAACACUCUGAUCUUUUCCCCAAACUUCUGUGUGCCAAAGUGGUAAGUGUCCGUUUACCGCUAUACAUACUGAUCUGUUCUCAAAACUUCUAUGUGCCAAAGUGUGGUAAGUGUUCGUUUACCGUUAUACAUACUGAUCUGUUCCCAAAGCUUCUGUGUGCCAAAGUGAAAUUUGGAGGUGUACGGAGGGACUUGGGCUUAUGCGAGAGAAGUAUACGUAAUUUCGAAAAAGGUAAAGAGCCCGGAUUAAACGUAAACAAAGUAGUAGAAGAAAGAUUUCUCGCCAAAAAAUUACAAACCUUAAAAUCAAAAGACAGCAAAGAAUUGAAAAAAAUGGAGAAAGUCAUGUCGGAGUUUGAAGAGUUAGCAGGUGAAAUAUCGAAGCUCGCUAACAUUAUACAGGAACAGAUUCUAAGAAGAACGAAGGACCAAAUGAACAGUAUCCAUAACAACUUAAAAACUAUAUUGCGUACCUGUAAAUUAGACAAGAAGUAA